GCCACUCGGUCACGGGCGGGAGAAACUCGGUGGCUCAUGUCUGCUCUGUUCCGUGCCAACACCCCACGGGUACGUGUAACCACCGCGCGCGCGGCCACUGGCCUGGCCACUAUAUAGCUCAGGGGGCGCCGUGCUGGCUCGGCACCAGCUCGGAAUUGAAGCGGCAGCGUACUGGCUGUAGCUAGCAGCUAGUAGCCCUACUACCUCGAUCGACCGAUCGAUAGAUUGAUCGAUCUCGUUCCUUCCCCCGAGUCGAGGAAGCAGAGGCGGCGGCUAUCCAUGGCGGCGUUGAGGCGGGCGGCGGCCGUGGCGUGCGUGCUGGCGCUGGCGCUCGGCGCGGCGGCGCAGCUGACGCCGACGUUCUACGACGGGAGCUGCCCGAGGCUGCAGUCCAUCGUGCGCGCCGGGAUGGCCGCCGCCGUGCAGCAGGAGCCGCGGAUGGGGGCCUCCAUCCUCCGCCUCUUCUUCCACGACUGCUUCGUCCAGGGGUGCGACGCGUCGGUGCUGCUGGACGACUCGGCGACGCUGACGGGGGAGAAAAACGCCGGGCCUAACGCCAACUCCCUCCGCGGCUACGAGGUCAUCGACGCCAUCAAGUCCCAGGUCGAGGCCGCCUGCCCCGGCGUCGUCUCCUGCGCCGACAUCCUCGCCCUCGCCGCCCGCGACGGCGUCAACCUGCUGAGCGGCCCGACGUGGGCGGUGCCGCUGGGGCGGCGCGACACGCGCACGGCGAGCCAGGCGGCGGCGAACAGCAACCUGCCCUCCCCGUCCUCGAGCGCGGCGGCGCUGGUGUCGGCGUUCGCGUCCAAGGGCCUGGACGCGCGCGACCUGGUGGCGCUCUCGGGCGCGCACACCGUGGGGUCGGCGCGGUGCGCGAGCUUCCGGUCGCGCGUGUACAACGACACCAACAUCAGCGCCGGGUUCGCGGCGAAGCGGCGGCAGAUCUGCCCGCCGCAGGGCGGCGGCGCCGCCGACGGCAACCUGGCGCCGCUGGACGCGCUGAGCCCCGUGCGCUUCGACAACGGCUACUUCCGCAACGUCGUGGCCCAGUUCGGCCUGCUCCACUCCGACCAGGAGCUCUUCGGCGGCGGCCAGGUGGACGGCGUCACGGCGCAGUACGCGCGCAACGGCGCCGCCUUCGCGCGGGACUUCGCCGCGGCCAUGGUCAAGAUGGGGAACAUCAGCCCGCUCACGGGGUCCAGCGGCGAGGUCCGCGCCAACUGCCGGAAGCCCAACUGAGGAUGGGGGUCGCCGACAUGGCCAGCUAAGAGGAGUGCGUGGGGGAAAGUGUGGAGUGCGUUGGAAGGGAGCGGCGGCGGCUGAUGGUCGGAGACGGUGAUGAUUGAGGUGGGAUUUGGUGGGUGGAGCGGCGCUGUCGGGGGGGGGGGGGGGGGGGGGGGGGGGGGACGAGUCACGAAAGGUGUGGGUGGGGCCCAGCGUGCCGUGACACAUCGAACGCGCGCUGCAUGCAUGCAUGGCCUGGCCACUGCGGCUGCUUUUGGUUUGGUUGCAUUCUUUCCUUGUACCAUAUACACGGUGGCGACGACGGUCCGGUCCGAGCUUGUAAGUUUGUACGUACGUGGUCGAUUCAUGAUUAUUUUUCAGGGAGGCGACACGAAUAAGAACGUGUAUGAAAAAUGAGCUUUCUUUUCCAAACAAAUUACAAAAAAAAUUUGUA